GGCUAAUGUCCGCAAAAAAAGAUUGGAGGGCGCCGCAUCAGCCGUUCGUUUCCAAGAAAACGUGCGGGUCAGAUCAUUUGGUUAACGGACGGUCCGGAUAUCUCUGCAAAAGAGGGCCAAGAUCGCGCGCCCUUAAAUAAGUCGGCUAAAGGCUAACGGUACGUGUUAAAAGCAAGCCCUAGCUAUGCGCUCCUGUUCGCUGCUGCUUGUGCUUACUUGUUAGUUUCUAUGGCUUCGCUCCCUCUAGUGGUGGAGAUCGAUUAGGGUUAAGAAGCCUUGCCUAGGGUUUUUCUUCAAUGGGAGAUGAAGUGAACAAACCCUAGCUCUUUGCUGCUUCUGUUACUCUCUUUAUCUUUUCUUCUUUUGCUGCUUUUAGUUGCUGAGAGAGUGGAAGUUUUGAGUGAAUCGAGUUCCACAAUGGUUUCUCUCUGAAGUAGCAGAUCUCUUCAAACACUGAAGGAGCAGAGUAUUUUGCUCAGCUGGACACUUGAAAUAUUGGUAGCGAGUUGCAGAGUGUUUUACCGCAAUCGUUGUGAAUUCAUUUGGCGAAGUUCCUUUGUAGGUGAGGCAGAUCUCUCUGAGUUUCACUCACAUUCAGAGGGUUUGAGCGCUAAUAAAAGCUUCUAAGCAUUUGUAGAGGGUUUUUGCCUCGAUAAAGUGGAGUCUAAGCGGGAGUUGCAGAACUGGUUUCCCUGUUGCCCUUCAGGGCAUAGAUCUCGAUAUAAUGAUACAGGGUGCGGCCCUUAGAGCUCCGACCCCUGUCUACGGACACAGUCACUUCAAGAAGUUCUGGUUAAAGAAGAAGGAGAUCGAGGACGCUGAGGAGAGGCUUAGAGUGGUCUCUGCUCAACGGCCAAAGCCUUCUUACUCAUCAAUUGAGCAUUCUUCUUUGACAAAGAGCGUGAGGUUUUCCAUGGGGAAAUCAGAGCUGGACUAUGCCUUCUCUCUCAGCUCGGAUAACAGCUCGGAUAAUGGAGCUUCAGAUAGGAAGAAGAAAGAAGAGGAGGAAACAGGCGAUCUCUCAUCAAUAAGCCCUAGAACUCCUACCCCUGUGAACGCCUGUGCUGACUGUAAAACUGUGAAGACUCCUCUUUGGAGAAACGGUCCCCUUGGACCUAAGUCCCUGUGCAAUGCCUGUGGGAUCCGGUAUAAGAAACUUGGAAAGAAGGUUAACGCUUCUAAUGGCUCACCUAGGGGGAUUAAGAGGAAGGAUGAGGUAGAAGCAGUUGAAGAUAAGUUCUGGAAGAGGCGGCCAUUCUUGCCUAAGAAGGGUAGAGUUAUUGACAGGGACGAAAAGGAGGGCGCUAUGUUGCUCAUGGCUCUCUCUUGUGGCCUUGUCGCUCCUCCUUGAGAUUCCAGGGCUUCGGAUCUGCAGAUUUGCCGGGACUUCCACUCUCUGCAACCUCAGAUCUGCAUUGAAGGAACCCAAACUCUGUAAAUUUCAGGUGUCGCCAUUAAAGGACAAGAAGAAGCUGUAAAGUUCAGCCCUCCAUUAAAGCAAGAGGAGACAAGAGUCUGCUCACUUUAAUGGAGGAGCUGUUUUUUUGAUGAAUCACUUCUUCUGGAAGGAUUAGUUCGCCCAUUUUUGGAUCUACAGAGCUGAAGGGCUCGUUGCUACUGUAAACGUUUACAGAUCGCCAUAAAAGCUGCAGCGAAAGCUUUCUGGUUUUAAUGAAGAGGAGGAAGCGGCGAGGCCACCAUCGGCUCAACGGUUUUAGGGUUUCUAAUCCUGCACGUUUGAGCAGCUCCCACUUCCGGGCUUUUACGAAUCACACGUGCGGAUAUGUUUCCCGGCACGUGCAGAUCGCUCGUCGAUCGGAGCUUGUACAGGAGUGUGUGAACACUCGUCUCUGUAUCCCUCCUCUCCUCCUUAAUUUUUUUUUUUUUUUAAUAUUAAUGGGUCCAGUUUAUGGGGUCGGGCUUGCUGGUGUUUUUUUUAUUGUAAUUUGAAGAUGAAUGCCCCAUUCUUUUUUGGAAAUGACCCAUUUAUCUUGUGUGAAAAGCAUGACAUGGGACUUUAUAAGUGGUAUAUUGGUCAUUGUUGGGCUGCAGCCUUCCUUUCUGUC